GGAGGCGCGGGCGGCAGUGGAGACGGCGCGGCGGGUGGCCGCUGUUGUGGAGGCAAACGUGCAGGUGUGUGAAGCUGUGACGAGCUGCCCACUGCUCUGUGUUUUUGGCUGCUCUUGGCCCUAGUCCUUCCUUCGCCUAUCGCCGCCAUGACCCAAUGCAGGCGGCGGAGGCGGCAGUCACGCGCCUAACCGCCGUCGUCACGGCGGCGGAGGCGCGCGCAUCCCAGGCGGCUGAGGAUGUACGACAGCUGCAAUCGGAUCUCGAAAGCACUCGACAGGAGCACGAACGCGCGGCGGCGGCGCAGGCGGCGGCGGCGGAGGCUGCCGUACGGCGUGCUGAGGCGGCGGAGGCAGCUGUGGAGGGUAUGGCGGCGGAGGCAAGGUCGCAGGCGGCGGCGGCGGAAGCGGCUGUACGGCGUGCGGAGGCGGCGGAGGCGGACCGCGUGGCUGCGGAGGGUACGGCGGCGGAGGCGAGGUCACGGGCAGAGGCGGCAGAGACGGAGGCGGUACGGCAACGCACGGAGGCGAGCGAGCUGAGAGGUCAGCUGGAGCAGCUCACCAACCAACUAUCCUCCACACGCUCCUGUAACGCGGCACUGGCGGCGGCUCUUACGGAGGCGCGCGAGGAGCUGGCGGCUAAGCGGGAGUUGGCGGCGGAACUGCAACGAGAGGCGACACGGGCGGGAAUGGCGGCGGCGGCGGCGCAGGAACAGCUGGCGACGGCGGCGGCGCGGGCAGCGGAG